AUGUCUGCCACUCAAAGCUCGGAGAGUGAUUUCAGCAAGUCUGGAAGAGACCUUGAAAAGGAAAAGAAUGUGGGACCAACCGAGUCCACCUCCCCCUUGAAGGGACAUGCAGAAGUAGAACUGGAUAAUAUCGGAGUUGUUCGUGAAACUAGAGUUAAGAGAGGUCUUAAAACAAGACAUGUGACAAUGCUCGCCCUAGGUGGUACUAUUGGUACUGGUUUGUUUAUUGGUACCUCUACUCCAAUACAUGAAGCCGGUCCAGUUAAUGCUUUGAUUGCCUAUUUAUUCUUUGGUGUUUUGGCAUACUUUGUUACCCAAGCGUUGGGCGAGAUGGCCACACACACUCCUGUUUCCGGUUCUUUCUGCAUCUUCAACACCCGAUACCUUUCGAAAUCCAUUGGUCUUGCCAGUAAUUGGCUUUACUGGUUUCAAUGGCCUAUUACUUUUGCAGUCGAAUUAUUUGCUAUUGCCCAGGUUAUCGAGUACUGGACCGAUGUUGUUCCUAAUUGGGCAUGGAUGCUUAUAUUUUACAUCCUCUUAACUGCCGCCAACUUCUUUCCCGUGGAAUAUUAUGGAGAAGUUGAAUUUUGGGUUGCAUUAGUUAAAGUUAUUGCGAUUAUCGGCUUUAUCAUCUAUGCCCUUUGCAUGGUGUGCGGUGCGGGAGUGCAAGGUCCAAUAGGCUUUCGCUAUUGGAGAAAUCCUGGUCCUUGGGGUGCCGGUGCAGGUUUAGCAUCGAACGUAAAGACAGAUCGUUUCCUAGGCUGGCUUUCUUCAUUGGUGAACGCUGCCUUCACAUAUCAAGGCAUUGAGUUCACCGGUAUCAGUGCAGGUGAGUCUUCAAAUCCUAGAAAAACCGUGCCAAAGGCCAUCAACCAAGUUGUUGUUAGAAUCUUCAUCUUUUAUAUUUUGACAUUGUUCUUCAUGGGAUUACUUGUUCCAUACGAUGAUCCAGAGUUGACUAAUGAUACUAGCUUCAUAUCCUCAUCUCCAUUUUUGAUCUCAAUUCAGAAUAGUGGUACUCCAGUGCUUCCAUCGAUUUUUAAUGCCGUCAUGCUUUGUACUAUCAUAUCUGCUGGUAAUUCCGAUAUUUACAUUGGUUCCCGUGUGCUUUAUGCUAUGGCAGGUACUACUGCUCCAAAGAUUUUCCGCCGGACAACAAAACAGGGUGUGCCAUAUAUCGGUAUUCUAAUCACUUCAUCGUUAGGUCUAUUAGCAUUUUUGAACAUUUCGCAUAGUGGUCAAACUGUGUUCAACUGGUUGAUGGAUAUCUCUGCAGUGGCCGGUAUGAUCGAUUGGAUCUUUAUCAGCGCUGCUCAUUUACGAUUUAUGGCCAUUUUGAAAUCAAGAAACAUCUCUAGAGAUACUCUUCCUUACAAGGCAAGGGGAAUGCCAUUUUUUGGCUGGUUCUCCAUGAUUUCCCUUACCAUCAUUACUUUCGUGCAGGGCUAUACGGUGUUUUUCGAUUUCAAUGCAUCCGAUUUCUUUGCAAACUACGUCUCGCUUAUUAUGUUUUUCGUCAUUUGGAUCGGUUCUCAGCUCACCGUCUACAAGCAUGAUCCAUGGCUGGUUCCGGUGGACCAAGUGGACAUCGACACGGACGCAAGAAGAAUCGACGAAGAAGUUUGGGAGGAUGAAGAAAAUGAAGAGAAAGGAAUCUGCGACAGAUGUCGUAAGUGGAGUUAUAAACAUAACAGAUUUGUUCAGAAGGUGGUAAACGGUAUAUUAUCUCUGUAA